GGUUGCCAUUGCGAAGACUCCAACCACAGUCACUGCGGUUAAUAUACUUGAUGGAGUCUGCAAUUAACCCGUGGGAUUGCCACUUUUGUCGCAAAACGUGGGCGGACUCCAUAUGGAGACGAACCAUGUGUCAUUCCGAGUUGCUGUUUUGUUCUCUGUAUAUAUAAAAGUGCUUGCACGUCAAGGGACUACUCUGGAGAGGGUCAGAAUUGAUAUCUCAUCCUCGCCAGAUACAUACACCUACCACCAUGUCUACUAAGCAGGCUGUAAACCUUUACACCUGGGGUUGCGCCCUUUUCGCAGCUGUUGGUUCUCUGCUUUACGGUAUCGACUCUGGUAUUGUUUCGACCACCAUCUCACACCCGAGUUUCCUCGAGUACUUCGCUCCCUUCAACCCGAGCAUCAAAGGUGCCGUUGUCAGCACCUUCGGAGCCGGCUCUGUCUUUGGCGUCUGGUUUUCCUCUUGGAGUGCCGACUAUUAUGGGCGCAAAAUUACCAUCAUGAUUGCUGCGGUCAUUGCCCUCGUGGCUGGCAUCAUUCAGGCAGCUUCGGUCCAUGUUGGUAUGCUCAUUGCUGGCCGCAUCAUCGGUGGUUUCGCCGUUGGCAUGAUGAACAUGACAAUCCCCAUCUACAACAGUGAGAUUGCACCGCCUUCGAAGCGUGGGAUGAUCUCGGGCCUCCACGGUCAGUUCGUGGGGUUUGGGUUUGCUGCUGCCAACUGGAUUGGAUUUGCCUGUUCGUACGCCUCGGGUGACUUCCAAUGGAGAUUUCCACUAGCCUUCCAAUGUCUUCCUGCCAUCAUUAUCCUGAUCGGAAUCUUUUGGCUGCCUUACUCUCCUCGAUGGCUGCUAGAACAAGAGCGCGACGAAGAGGCCUACGCAGUCAUCAAGCGUCUUCAUGGAAAUGUUGGCGCUGACGAGUCUUUCUUCCGAGCCGAAUUCGUUCAGAUGCGUGACCAAUUACGAUUUGAGAAGAGUGUCAGCAUCUCCAGCUGGAAGGUCCUGUUCUCGACACCCAGCAACCGGAAGCGUCUGUUCCUUGCCAUCAGCGUUCAAGCUUUCACCCAGUUGUCAGGUAUCAAUGUCAUCAACUACUACCAGACCGAUCUGUACAAGGGUCUCGGCAUGCAUGGACACAUGGUUACUCUUCUUGCCGGUGUCUACGGCUUAGUGGGGCCUCUUGCCAACAUCAUCUGCUUGUACUUUGUCGACAGUUGGGGCAGAAAAAAGACCUUGUGGAUUACCGGCAUCAUCAUGACCCUGGACAUGGCUCUCGUUAUGGGCUUGACUGGAGGUUAUGGUCAAUCCGACAACAAAAUUGCCCAAGGAUGGACGAUUGCAUUCAUAUUCUGCUUCUCAAUCAUCUAUUCCCUCGGUUAUAACUCCAUCCACUACAUUUACGUCCCUGAGAUCAUGACCAUGGCUAUCCGAGCCAAGGGCACUGCCCUCUCGGUCAUAUGUAAUGUCCUCAUCAACAUUGUCUUCAACCAGGUAUCGCCAAUUGCCUUCGCCGAUGUCGGUUACAAGUACUACUCACUGUUCGUCUGCACGAACAUUGUCGGCGCCAUAGUUGUUUUCUUCACGUUUGUGGAGACCAAGGGCAAAUCUUUGGAAGAGCUCGCGGCGAUUUUCGGUGACGAGGUCAUUGUACCCUCCCUCGCAGCUACUCAGGAGAAGAUGGAAACGAUACCAGAUGAGCGCGUCGAGGAGAUCAAGGAGAACGACAAGACUAAUUGAGUGAUUUCUACCGUGGCUUCAUGUCCCCAUUUCCACUCAUCGGAGGAAUGAUGCAAUCAUGUGAAUCAAGCGUCAGCGGAUUAUCAAUGGGAGCGAGACACCGAAUGAGUUGGCCUCUGCGAUUAUUUCGUUGAAUGAGUAUAAAUCCCGUCGGCAAAAUUAAAACAAGUCCUGUAACAAGGGCCCCUGUCAAAAUUAA